UCUCCUGGCAAGGACUUUCCUCCCAUUCUUUGUUCUCAGUCUUGAUAGGAAACCAUGCUUCUUCUUCCUCUUGUAGCUGUUGGGCUGAUACUCCAUUCCAUAUCUAACGAAUCUAACAGGUUGGAGGAUUGAGGGUGGUUUAAAGACCACACUAUUAUUAAAAUAAUGGUUGGGACCAUUGUAUCUUGCAAAUGAAGAGGCUAGUUUGCUGCAAGAGAGAAAAAACCUAGAGAACAUUUUGUGAACCACACCUAUAAUUAAUAAUAAUUAUUAAACCAUUCAGUUAUCAGCCAUUUUCUGGGCGUGUCUCUUAAAAUCUCAAAGACACGCCCAUAAACAUGGCUGACAAAGAAGGUGAAGAAACAGGUGAGCUUUUUUCUAAUGACGGGAACUUUCUGGAGAGAUUCAAGAAGCUAGAGGAGGAGAAAAAGAAAAAAGAAGAAGAAAAGGAAAAGAAGAAGCUCACUGCUCCCCCUGGACCCACAAUCCCCGGGAGAAGGAAGAACAUGAAACUCCACCCACCUGGAACCAAGAAAUCAAAAGUCUCCACUGUAGAAACUGAGACCAAUGUGAACACCAGUAACGAAACGACAGCUCCCUCCACAAGCGAAGGUGCUUCAAAGCCAAAGAGGAAGAGUCGUUGGGGCGACUGGAGUCAGCCCUCAACAGAUGAGCAGUUAGUGAUGUCAACCAUUAACUCGUUCAGCACUCCAAAUAUGGACGAAAGGAUACAAAGAGUGCAGCAGCAAAUAAUUGAGCAGCAAGAGCUGCACAGAGCUACAAUUGAGAUUCAGAAGGCAACAAGGGGUGUGCCUCAGGCUGACAGAGAAGCUAAAACGUUUACUUCGACUGAGAAAGAACACAUGAUGAGAGCAAAGGAAAUGGAAAUGACAGCUGAAAAGUCCGAAGAACUCACCACUGCUGCUCAAGGGAAACAUUUCAUUGGCGAUUUUCUGCCUCCGGAAGAGUUUCUUAAAUUUAUGGAAAGGACGAAAGCUGCCAAAGACAAAAUUGAAUUAUCAGAUUAUAAUGAUAAGAAGCUAACAGAGAGCAACAUUGGGUACAAGAUGUUGCAAAAGGCUGGCUGGAAGGAAGGAGAAGGACUAGGAUCUAAUGAAGAUGGCAUCAAAGCACCUAUAAAACAGGAUAAUGUGUCUGUUGAUCAUAGUGGUGUAGGAAUGAGUAAACCCAGUGAUGCUAAAGAGAGAGAUGAUGAGUUUGACGUGUUUAGAAAAAGAAUGAUGCUUGCUUAUCGAUUCCGACCUAAUCCACUUAACAACCCCAGGAGACCUUAUUACUAACGAAACUUGAUCCUUCAAUUAAUAUCUCUUCAUUCAUUAACAUUAUUAUAA